CACACUAGAUAGUGUAAUAUCUAGUGUAGAUUAUAAUGUGUUUGCACAUUUACGUGUCUAGCGUGGUUAAUGGUAGAUCUUUGUGAUACCAUUCCUCACGUCGCGUAAUACACAACGGACUAUAUACAUCACUGGAACGAUACCAGAUCUACACAGCAGCGCUUUUUGUAUUCAAUGUCAAUGCUAAAGCGUAUAAAUGAGGAUAUCUUGGUGAAUAUCUUUCGGUCGGCUGCGGCUGGAAAGAAUCGUAUUCCCCUAAGACGUGCAUUUUCCGAAUUCGUUCGUUUAUUCUAUGGAGAUGGUGUUAACGUGGCUACUCGCAGUGCGGAAUUUCUUAACGAGUUCUAUUUGCGUGGCAUAGAUGUCCGCUGCGGCUUGCGUUCUCAGGUACUAAUGGUUGGCGGCCCAAAGAAUCUUAGAGGCAACCCUCGUGGCGGACUUGAUGCACGACUGUUUUACCCUAGUAUUACAUGUGAGCAGUUCAUAUCUAUAGCCAGGGCUAUGGAAAGCGUUAUACUGGAGCGUCAAGUGCCUCACCUUACAGGUGGGUGUCUGAGAGCUGAACGACGUACAGUCGAACUGGACGCGAUAAAUCGCAAACAACAUCGCGAUCUUUUGACAUCGGUACAAAAGUUUAUGCAGCAUGACUAAAAGUGCUUGUGGCAAGCGUCUCUGUCACUCUGGUCUUGG